AAAUAAAAAACAAAUAAAUGAAGAAGAACAACAAUUAUGCAAUGUUUUCAGCAAUUUCAUUAAUUUCUGAAUGCCAUCCAGAACAAUUAAUAACCGACAGUCGUUAUUUAACUACUUCGGCAUUUACUGAAUUAAUAAAUAAUAUUAUCCAUUGUUCUUUUGCUAUAGCCCCAAUUCAAUCAAAAACACAACAAAUUGAGUUAAAUAAUGAACAAGUUGUUCAAAAUUAUGAAAGUCAGGGAAGUCAAAGUCAAGACGAUGAUUCUAUUGUCGACUUAAGUUCAGCUGCCGCAGCUUUAUUACCUGAAGAACAACAAAUUUUAGAAAAACAAAUUCCAGAAAAUAGCAAAAUAUCUCCAUUAAAUUCCCCUUCAAAAUCCCCUCCUCCCCCACCUCUUCCCCCUCAAUUACUUUCCCAAUCCUCCCUUUCAAUUAAUGAAGAUAAAAAAUCUGGGGAAGAACAACACCCAAUUAUUCAACAACAAAAUUUAAUUUAUCAAUAUUCUCCAAUAAAAUUAACUUUGGAUGAAGAAGAAGCUUUGAUUUUUCUAUUGGAAUUGAUGAUAAACAUUGUUCUCGAAAACCGCGAUCGUUUAGCACAAGUUUGGCCUUUAGUCCGUGAUCAUCUACAAUGGCUACUUAGUCCUGAUUUUGCCCAAAACAAACAAAUAACUGAAAGAUCAAUUAUUGCAUUAAUUCGAAUUGCUAAUAGAAAUCUUUUCCGUCUUGGUCAUCCACAACAAAAUGUAAAAACUCCGCCACCCCCACAACCAUUACCUUUUGUGCCUCGGACGGCGUUGACUAAAAGUGUGGUUAUUGUUGUGGAAGAUGAACAAACACAACAAGAAAAUGCUUCCUCCCAAACUAUUCAACACAAAACUAAUUGCUGUGCUGACGAUGUUCUUCAAUUUAUGGGACGAAAAAUUCUAGAAUUAAGACCUUCUGAUUUACUUUUAUUCUCACAACAAAUUGCAAAUGGUCUUCAACAAUUGUUAAGAGCAAAUGCAGCAAAUGUACAUAGUGCUGAACACUGGGCAAUGUUUUUCUCUAUUUUGGAAGCUGUCGGGGCUGCUGCUUAUCAAGAUGAUGAUUUUGAUUUGGUGGAUGUAAAUUAA